GCCCCUUGCUCGGAGCAGCACCUGGCGAGUGCCCCUCGCGGCGGGCGCGGCUCGGCGACCGGCGGGCCUCCGACUGCCCAGUCACCCACGCAGGCGACGCCGGGCCGGCUCUGGCAGCCCUCCGCCGGCGAGGCCGGCGCCCGCCACCCGCUCCGAGGCGCUCAGCCGGCCUCGGCCCCGGCGCCCGCGCCGCUCCCCGACAGCAUCCCGUCGAGCUCCUCGGCGCGGAGCUCCCAGAGGGCGCAGGAGACGAGCCGGAGGCCGUCGAAGGCGAAGCGGCCGCCGAGGCGCCUGCCCUCGAGGAAGGGCGGGUACCAGACGGCGUCGUCCACGGGCAUGCGGUGGUACGGGAUCGCGUCCCGCGGCGCCCAGAAGGGCUCCCAGUCCGCGGUGCCUCGCAGGGUCGGCGCGGGCCCGGGCGGCACCUCCGCGUAGACCACCCAUCCUCGGCGACCUCCCCGGGGCGGUCCGCCUCCAGGAACUCCAGCACGGCCCGGCGCUCCAGGCGCCCCCAGUCCAGCGCGAGCCCGUGCCUGGCCGCGGCCCCGAGGAGGCCCCCGCGUCCGUGCACGCCGAGCAGCAGGCGCGCCACGCCCCCCGGCUCUUCGCUCGGGGCUGCCAGCAGCAGCCCUGUGCCGUCGGCACCCGCCGCCUCGGCGGGGGCCCGGCGGUCAGCCUCGCCGCCGCGGCCAGGAGCGAGCAGGGCGCCAGCACGGCGCUCCGCGCUGCAGAGGCUGCCAGCCUGCACGGCGGCGACCGGUGCAACAGGGCCGCGCUCCGGGCGUGGAGCAUAUGGCGGCGCGCAGAAGCGGGUGUGGGGAGGCGGAGGAGGAGGAGGAGGAGGAGGA